CUGCUCCGCUGCGGCAGCACCAGCGCGUGUAUCUGCGCUUCCCCGUGUCCGUUGCUCUGUUCAGUGCAAUCCAACGCGUUUCCUCUCUCUUGUGCUACCUUCCUGGUCUCUAUUAGCCUCGUAUCCACCGAGUUAUCGCCACGUAAAACUCCGUAUUCCCCAUGGCGCGGUCGAGUGAAACCAAACAAGCUUUGCUGCUGAAUCCCGAGUUCUGGACGCCCAAGCAGCUCGAAGAGUGGCUCAAGCGUUUUGAGGAUGGUCGAUAUGCGCGCUUUGUUGGUCCUUUGAAGGGCCGCAAGGGCGGAGAGGUCGUGCGCUUUACGCCCGCGGACUGGGCAAAACUUAACCCGCAGGACCUGGCUACGAGCCUCCGCUUCACACUGCUGGGUAUGGUACAAGUAGCUUCGAACGACGAUACGCUGGCAAUCGUGACGGACUUUGUGCCGCUCGCUAACUCGCCUGGAAAAGUCAAACGGGAAUCACCCCACAAGACUGUGCCGGUAAAGUUCCCGCCGAUGGUGGAGCUUCCCUCCGUCCCGGUACUGAUCUGCACUAUGCUCUUUGUUAUCCUGGCAAUUCUUUGCUUUACGGUACUGCGUGGGCCUCUCGCUGACAUCGGGAUUGACUCGGAGAAUCUCGUGAAGUAUGGAUCGAUCCCUCUCGUCAGUGUGGUGUUCACGUACUUCCACAUUUGGGUGGCACUCUGGAUGACUUUCUACCCACUCGAAUACACAGGCUGCUUGCAGAUUCCGGACACCAAUACGGGCUUCGGAUGGCAAGGAAUCGUCCCGAACAAGGGAGAAAAGAUGGCUCGACAGGCGGUGCAGAUCAUGACUCAUCAGCUGUUGCAGGUGUCGGAAGUGUUUGCGAAGAUUGAACCGGCACAAGUGGUCAAGGAGCUGGAGCCUAUUUUGUUCAGCACAAUUCAUACGGUUGUGGAAGACAUGGCACUGAAGUACAGUCCCGAGCUGUGGGCUGUCCUCCCGGCCAAGGUGAAGGAAGAGAUCGUCGAGAAGGUGAAGGAGGAGUCACCUGCCCACAUUGAGGCGCUUAUGGACGAAAUUCGCAACAACAUUGAAGAUGUAUUCGAUCUGGAGGACAUGGUAGUGACCAACAUGUGCAAGGACAAGCAGCUUCUCGUCAACAUGUUCGUAACCUGCGGCUACUCGGAGCUGGCCUUCAUCCGUAACUCAGGUGCCUACAUGGGAGGAAUCUUCGGUCUUAUGCAGAUGGGUAUCUGGUUCGUGUACUCGGAUCGUAUCGUGGUGUUCCCGGUAAUCGGCUUACUCGUUGGUACUAUCACCAACUGGCUUGCUCUCAAGAUGAUCUUUGAACCGGUGAACCCCAAGAGAUACUGCGGUAUCACCUUCCACGGUCUGUUCCUCCGUCGUCAAAAUGAAGUCGCUGAGGUGUACGGAAAGAUGGUUGCUAGUGAUGUUUUAAACUCGCGCAAUAUCUUCGAAGCCAUUCUCAAAGGCCCGUACUCCGAUCGCCUAUUUGAGCUCGUGUACGACAACGUGCAAGAAGCUGUUAACGCUGCCACUCAAGCGACGCAAAAGAUCAUUAACUUCAGUAUUGGCGAGGAGAUGUACGCCAAUAUCAAGGAAGAUGUCACCAACCACAUCGUGGAGAUCUUCCCGGAUAGCCUGCGCCAGAUCGAGAGCUACGCUACUGUCGCUAUGGACCUGGAGGUUACACUCCGCGAGAAGAUGAAGCUGCUGAGCUCGGAGCAGUUCGAGAACCUGCUCCACCCCAUCUUUGAGGAGGAUGAGUGGAAACUCGUGAUAAUGGGCGGCGUGCUGGGCGUUGCGAUCGGCGUUGUCCAAGCUUUCCUGAUCAAUCACUAAGCAAGCCUCUUGGAGUAGUAAACGCACGAAUUGUUGGCCGUUGAUGAACAAUCAUUCGCAGAUCAACGAGUCGUGUAAUGACAACUUCGUACAAGGCUUCUCUUGAUGCUUGAGAUGGAUAAAUUAUCAAUUCACAUGUGUAUUCAUUUGGUUGCA